AUGAGUAACGUGUACGCGGAUAUCGCGAGAAGGAUUCGUACCAUCAACAGCUACGAUUUUGAUGCGCACAGGACAUCCGAACCGACCGGAGCGUCGAUUUGUGCGUACACGAUCUUGGUCACGCAGACGUCGAGCGUUCUUGGGUUUACCCCAUUGAUCGCACGCAAAUAG